CAGAGACGGAGCAGGAAAAAAGAGGAAUGUUCUCAGCUGUGACCGCUCCCGCCUAUCCCCCCGGAUGACCGGUGCUCCCCAUCCGUUCCCAAUAGUAAGUCAGUUGACUCCCACGAGACAAGCUGACUGAGACGCAGAUCACCGGAGAGGGCUCGAGAUGAUCUUCGGGGCCACAGAGGAGGAGGAAUGCCACCAGCCGAUUUGCGGGGCGUGAUCCCCCGCGUAGCGAUACUUCUGAUCCCGCCGAUCCUCAUCACCAUCCAACUUAUGGUUGUGUUCCGGCUUCCGCAAGACCAACGGGACACCGGGACCGCGGCUGACGGAACCGGCAUAGUCUAUUCGGUGAUCAGCAUCGAGCCGCGGAGGAGCGCUCGACACGGGACUGCGUCUACCUCCGCCGGGACGCUGGGUCUACCUGGUGUAGGGCGGGCCGAGGGGGCGGAGGAGAUGGAGAAACGGGAUGACCGUGGGUACGAAGACGAGAAUGAGAUGCCCACUCGCCAGGCCAGAGGCUUCGUGCUGCAGUCCUGGGCUGCUGAGGAGCCUUCGUUCACAGCCGAGCUCAACCGCAUCCUCCCCUUCAUCAGCCGUCCCCAGGUGAACUGUAGCAGGGUGCUUUCUCCAGGCGAGUCCCAGGCUUCCCAGGUCUCUGGCUCUCCUGAUCUCCGCUGGCUCCUGUGUGCAGAGGAGUGGCUACUCCCUGCAGAAAAAAAAACAUGUGUUGCGUACUCUUUUAGUAUGGACGGGGGAGAUGCAGACUUCAUAAAGACGGUUCUAGGGCUGGGAUGCGAGGUCCACAGAUUUGAUCCGAGCUAUUCGAAUGCAUCUGGUGGUCACCGUGGCAACAGUUUGGCCAGUAGCCAUGGCGACGACGGAGGCAGCGGCGUGGUCAUCAAGCACAAGAUGUGGCUGGAGUGGCGAUCACUGCGUAAAGGCACGCGCAGGAAGAGGGGCAUCCUGGGUAGUGUCUCUCAAACACUGCGAGACAUCAUGCAGGCACUCAGCCAUCACAAGGUGGACUUCCUGUAUGCCGACCUGCUCAGUGCUGAGUGGAGAAUAUUCCAGAACUGGAUGGAGCAAGGAACCCUCUUGAGCAUCCAACAUCUUGUUGCCACGGUGCACCUGCAAUGGGCAGGGUUCGAGGUGGACGGGACCAACGAAGAAGUUGUCCGCUAUUGGUUCAGCAUUCUGCAUGGGCUGAAGGCUUCCGGCUUUCAACUUGUCCACAGCUCGCCAGGAGAGGGUCGAAGCGUCCUUAAACAGUCUACAGCAAGCACACACAGCUCCUAUACCCUGAGCUGGGUCAACAUGGAAAACUAAGUGCUCUCUCUCCCUCUCUCUCUCUUUCUCUCUCUGUCUCUCUCUUUCUCUCUCUUUCACUCAGUCUCACACACACACACACACACACACACACACACACACACACACACACACACACACACACACACACACACACACACACACACACACACACACACACACACACACACACACACACACACACACACGAUAGUUUUCCUCAAGACAAAGUAGUCACUGCUCUUUCAAUUGACACAAAGCGUACAGUUAUCCAAAUAUGUUCUAUAAUGCCAUCUAGUGGUAAUGAGAAGAAUUGCACGUUUUCUAACCCUAACCCUAACAACACUCAGGAUACAUAUAGCUACUGUGUUUGUCAGUGCCGACGUUGGGACUAUGGUGCUAAAACUAAGAUGGUGCUAUUUUAAUCGAGAAGUGGAAGUUCAUGUUGCAACGUAAAUACCAGAUUUAUUUUUAAUGUUUCGAAUAACCGUUUGAGUUACGACCAAGAACUUGAAUUAAUUUCUCAAAAUCACAUAUUUUCUAUUCUCAAGACGUCUUACAGAUGUUUUGAAUAAUUUAUAAGGCAAACAAAGACCUAUUUAACGAUUUAUUGAAUGUCCUUGGAAUUUGCAAGCAGUCCUUGUGUGAAGUGAUCUGUCGAAUGUUGUCUUUUUAGUUGCAAUAAAAUAAUUUGUAAUGAUCUGUGUUUUUUUUGGGAUUAUAAUUGUUAAUUGAAACACAUAACUUGUACUCAUAGUGAUAUAUUUAGGGUUUGAAAAUGAUUAUAUAACUAUGAUGUGUAGGCAAAAGUGAAUGACGUAGCCUACGCGUCUAUGUGUGAGUGACUGAUAUGUAUUUAUAUCUAAAAAUGAAGACACCGUGCAAACGAUUAACAAUAAAAACAACACAACACCACUUUUGAACUAAUUUGCGAAUCAAAUAUUAUGUAAGUCAAUAUAAUUGUAACAACUGUUUGUUCAAUGCUACACGAAAUUCUUAAUUUUAUAUUACACACAUAUACUGUCAUUAAAGAAGGUUUUAUAGACUAUACAAUAAUUCAAGGGUAAAUAGUAUACAAAUGUUGAACGAAUACAUUCCUCGGUUGAGUUGAGACCCGCUGGAGCGCAGUGAAGAAUGCGCUUUCUGGCUCCACCCUGCGAUACGCAAAUUACGGUCAGAUGUUUACACCAAUUCAGGGUG